CGCAAUGGAUUGUGGGUCAGAAGUUAUGCCGCCAUAUUGGUAUUCCUGUUCCAGCUGAAGCAGAGAGUCUUGAGUCAUGAGAGGAUUCCGGUUUCUGAACAACUUCCCCAAACGUUGCUAUGCUGCUGCCAGGAGGAGUGAAGCUCUUACUGAACCCCCUGCAGGGUGGAAACCCUCCACAGCUACACCUCUCCCUUCUCAAAAUGUCCAGGUUUCCAAGCUCCCAAACGGUCUGGUGAUAGCAUCACUGGAGAACUACUCCCCCUUGUCCAGCGUGGGUGUGUUCGUGAAAGCUGGGAGUCGCUACGAGACACCGGACAACCAAGGUGUCUCUCAUGUGCUCCGACUAGCAGCAAACCUGACCACUAAGGGGGCGUCUGCCUUCAAGAUCUGUCGCGGUGUAGAAGCACUCGGGGGUAGCUUGAGUGUGACAUCAUCAAGAGAGACCAUGGUCUAUGCUGCAGAUUGUUUGAGAGAUCACCUCGAAUCAUUACUGGAGUUUUUGGUCAACAUCAUCACAGCUCAGGAGUUCAGGCUGUGGGAGCUAAAUGAACUCACAUCCAGGGUGAGGACUGACAAGGCUCUGGCUCAGCAGUGUCCCCAGAUAGGUAUCAUUGAGAAAUUGCAUGAAGCAGCGUACAAAACUGCCCUGUCAAACUCUCUGUACUGCCCUGACUACAUGGUCGGUCACAUCUCCCCUAAACAGCUGCAGUCGUUUGUUCAAGACAAUUUCACCGCUGGCAGAAUGGCUCUUAUAGGACUAGGGGUGACGCACUCUGUGCUGAGGCAGCUGGGUGAGGGAUUCCUGAGCGUCUGCAGCGGAGCUGGAGCACCUGUGGUUAAAUCUGUGUACCGUGGAUGUGAGAUACGAGUGCAGAACAAUGACGACCUGGUACAUACGCUGAUUGCCAGCGAGGGUGGUGUGGCAGGUAGUGCAGAGGCCAGUGCGUUCACUGUGCUGCAAAGGGUCCUGGGAGCUGGGCCACAUGUAAAGAGGGGCUCAAACAUCACUAGCAAACUGACCCAGGGUAUUGCCAAAGCUACCACACAGCCAUUUGAUGCCACAGCCUUCAAUGCCUCAUAUUCUGACUCUGGACUGUUUGGCAUCUAUACUAUUGCACAAGCUGACACUGCAAGAGAGGUGAUCAAAGCUGCCAUUGCCCAAGUGAAAAGUGUAGCAGAGGGAAAUGUGUCAGAGGCUGACAUCACCAGAGCAAAGAACCAGGUGAAAGCAGAGUAUCUGAUGUCAAUAGAGACCUCUGAGGGCCUGUUGGAGGAGAUUGGUGCUCAGGCUCUGACCACUACAGCGUACCAGCUCCCUGAAACAGUUCUCCAGACUAUAGAAAAUAUCACUCAAGAUGAUCUGGUCAAGGCUGCAAAAAUAUUUGUGGACGGCAAGAAGACCAUGGUUGCUAGCGGACCACUUGUUAAUACACCAUUUGUGGAUGAAGUAUGAAAUAAAGAACAAGAACCACUGACUUGGCCAAUCUGUACCUGGCUGCUUCAAAAAGAAAGAGGACCUCAAAGCCACGGCCUCCUGCAACCAUUCAUUUGAUGUCACCAGUCAUUUGUAAUGUCAGCACCAACAAGGAGUCAGAAAAUCAUAAAUGAAAUGUUUGUUGUUUUUUUUUGCAAAUUGUAUAUCUCUGUAAAUUAAAGAAAUGACAGCAACAACAGCUGGUUGUUGUUUUAAUGUGUAUCUUGGAGUAAAUCCAGAGUUUUAGUGUUGUGUCAGAGGUGUUAGGGUAUAAAGGCUAAUGAGCCAGCAAGCAUUUUUAGUAACCAAAUAUAUUGUUCCAUUCCUUUACCGAUAGGGGGACCCCUAACACAAACGCAAGCAUUGACAGUUGCCUUAAAUCCUAAAUGCGCAUGCAUCCAUGUUUUAGCUUGUGCAAUAAGUAGGUGUAGAUAUAACUGUGGUAGAAUAAAUAUUAAGUGAUAUUUUGAGUAAAACU